AUGGAAUAUUCUUAUUGGAGAGCGAGCUGUCCAAUUUGCGAAGCACUGCCAGAGGCGAUCCAGAAAGGAGAUAUUACAUCGAGGGAGGCGGCAAAGCGGCAGGAGGGAUAUGAAAGAGUUAAGGGAGGAUGUGCGGACGAGGCAGGCGAGGUCGGAGCGGUGGAAUUUUCGAUUUACGAGGGAGGAAAUAGGUCAUCGAACGGCGGCUUUGGGGAUGUUGCAUAA